UUCAAAGAAACUAAACCCAAACCCAACACGGAAGCUGACACGAUGGCCUCGCAACUCCGAAGCCAGUGUUGCUUCAGCAUCGCCGUAUUAGCCAUCUUCAUCGCAACGUCGUCGUUUGCCGAGGCGCAAUCUUGCAACGGGAUACUCCUCUCCUACGCCUACACCGGCGGAGUGCGCCUCCCGCCCAACGUCUCCGACACGACCCAGCAACCGUACCGGUUCGAAUCGACCCUUACCGUUCUCAACAACGGUCUCGACGACCUCAAGUCUUGGAAGGUAUUCGUUGGGUUUCAGCACGACGAGUUCUUAGUCUCUGCCUCGAAUGCGGUGCUCGCCGACGGAACUACCCUCCCCGCCGCCGUCGGGAACGGCACCGUCUUCGCCGGAUAUCCGAUGACCGAUCUCAAGACCGCGGUGGAGACUGCUGGGGACUUGACCCAGAUGCAGGUUCAGAUCAACCUCUUAGGAACGGUGUUCGGGGUGGCGCCGCCCAGUGUUCCGUUGCCGUCCAGCAUCAACCUCGCCAAUGACGGAUUCGUCUGUCGCAAAACCACUGGUCAAGGGAAGAAUGGGACUAAUGUGUGUUGCACAGUAGAUCCUAAGUUCAAAACAAACAUCACGACGGAUGAGAAGUUUUUGCCCCGUCAAAAUGGUGAUCUUACUAUUAUGUAUGAUGUGAUCAGAACUUAUGAUUCCAAUUACUGGGCAGAGGUUAAUAUUGCAAACCAUAACCCCCUUGGCCGUCUUGAUAACUGGAGGUUAAGCUGGGAUUGGAUGAAUGACGAGUUUAUAUACACAAUGAAAGGGGCUUAUCCAUCUGUUGUGGAUUCUUCUGAAUGUCUCUUUGGUAAGCAAGCUACAUACUACCAGGAGCUUGACUUUUCUACUGUAUUGAAUUGUGAAAGAAGGCCAACCAUAAUUGAUCUCCCGCCCACUAAGUUCAAUGAUUCAAACCUUGGGCAAAUUCCGUUUUGCUGCCGGAAUGGUACCAUAUUGCCACCAUCAAUGGACCCUAGCAUGUCAGCUUCAAGAUUCCAAGUGCAGGUCUUCAAAAUGCCACCAGCACUUAAUCGAUCCCAACUUUCACCGCCACAGAACUGGCAGAUAAGUGGUACACUCAACCCUAACUACAAAUGUGGCCCUCCAGUCCGGGUGAGUCCUAGUGAAUAUCCUGAUUCAUCGGGCUUACCAUUGAACAAAACUGUAGUAGCCAGUUGGCAGGUUGUGUGCAACAUAACAACGGUCAAGGGAGCAGCAAGUAAAUGCUGCGUCUCAUUUUCAGCCUAUUAUAAUGAUUCAGUUAUUCCAUGUAAAACAUGUGCAUGUGGAUGCCCCAGUAACCCUGGAAGAACAUGUAGUACUACUGCACCAGCUAUGUGGCUUCCACCAGAGGCACUUCUUGUUCCUUUCGAAAACCGAACUGCCAAGGCUGUGGCUUGGGCUAGUCUGAAACAUCUACCAGUGCCAAGCCCGAUGCCCUGUAGUGAUAACUGUGGUGUGAGCAUAAACUGGCAUUUAUAUACAGACUAUACUAAAGGAUGGAGUGCAAGGGUCACACUUUUUAAUUGGGACGAGACUAAUUUUGUAGACUGGUUUGCUGCGGUAGAAUUGAACAAAGCAGCUGCAGGUUUUGAGAAAAUGUAUUCAUUCAAUGCAAGCAUCCUAGAUGGCGUAAAUAAUACAAUAAUUAUGCAAGGAUUGCCUGGAUUGAACUACCUUGUAGCAGAAACAGAUGGAGCUAAUCCUCUGACAGAUCCUAGGGUGCCCGGUAAACAACAGUCAGUAGUGUCAUUCACAAAGAAAACUACUACUGGAAUCAAUGUAGCUCUUGGAGAUGGGUUUCCCACUAAAGUCUUUUUCAAUGGGGAGGAAUGCUCUCUUCCUUCAGUCCUUCCAAGCAGUGGUUUCAGGAACAAGGGUUUUUGCUGGACUACUUCAAUGUUCCUAACACUGUUGCUGAUCAUCUUGAUGCGGUAAUAGUGGCUGGCUACGUUUGAUUUUGGUUCUGGCUUGCUGUUGUCCUGAGGCAGGAUUUGAUUUAUAUAUUGACUUCUUCACAGAAACACAGUCAGAUAUGUCAGUGGACUAAGUUGUACUGUUGUAACAUUCGUGAUGUAUGUCUGGUUUGGAUGCUGUGGCAAUACUUGUUCAGUUGAUAUGAUUCUUUUGAGCAUGUAAUAGUA